AAUAGCUUUGAUGAAACUGAAAUAUAUUUAAUUUUUUUUUUCAUAAGAAGAGGAAUCAUUAUGACUGUACAUGAUUCAUUACCGAACCGAAAUAACAGGUUUCUACUUUUAGUAAGAGAUCCAACUUAUCAUCAUCCUCCAUUUUCUCUCUCUGUCUGUCUCUUCCAGCUUCUCAAAGUUGCUCCAUUUGUUGAUUCUCUCAUCUUCUUCUUCUUUUAUCUGCUGAUCCUAAGCUUACCUGUCUCCUCUAUUCUCAUCGUUGAGAGUCAAUAACAUAACCUGAGUUAUAUCAUCUGUUUUGGGAUCAGAACUGAAUGGACCUUCUUCGAUUAGGAGAUCAAGGUCUCUCUUCACCUCAUAAAAGAAGAAAGUGGCUGAUCUUGAUGGCAGUUUCCUGCGUCUCCGGUUAUGGAGUCUACAAGGUUUAUCAUUCACUAUCUGUCACCACCAAGAGGAAACGUUUUAUAAAGAUCCUCGGAGCUUUCCUCUCUGUAGCGGAGUUAAUCUCUGACUCAGCCGAGACCAUGACCACCGUGUCUCAAGACGUGAAGAGAUUCCUCAACUCUGAUUCCGACAAUAUCCCAAACAGCUUGAAACAGAUCUCAAAGAUCGCCACGUCAGAUGAGUUCACGAGCUCUCUCUCUACGGUUUCUCAGGCUGUAACUGUUGGUGUCUCUCGUGGUAGGUCCAGCUUUGAGUCUACAGGGACUGGUCCGGAGCCAAGUCUUGUUGAUAGAGUGGUUGAUAAGGCUUUCUCAGAGGAAGGAGAUAGGUUUCUUUCCGCUGUAGUUGGUAGCUUUGCUAAGAAUCUUGUUCUGGGUUUUCACUCCAAGGAUGUCAAGAAUGAUUCUGAGGAGAUGACUCCUCAAUGGGUGAGAUUGCUUGGUGAUGACAAGUGUAGAGAGCUUUUAUCUGACUGCAUUGAGAGAUUCACCAGCACUGCAGUGUCUGUGUACCUCGACAAGACGAUGGACAUCAACACUUAUGAUCAGAUCUUUGAGGGCUUGACGAACCCGAAACACCAGGACAGCGUUAAAGACCUUCUUGUUACAGUCUCUAGUGGUGCUCUCCAAACUAUCGUCAGGACCUCUCACGAUGUCUUUACAUCUUCUUCUUCUUCUUCUUCAAGAUCUAAUAUAGAAGAGAUCAAGACAAGGUGUUAGGAACUCUCUUAAUCACUUUUAGUCCUUUGUUAGGUACACAAAGAUUCAUCAGCUUCCUUCUUGUUAUAUUAGUCAUAGUUUGGAGCUGAAAAAACAAUUUACUUAAUUUUGUCUUUGUAUGUGCACAUACUGAUGAUUCAAUAACAAAAAAAAGACAUGCCGUUUCACAAUUAAAUAGUUUUAUAACUUAUAACCAACCUAAUGUUCUAUAAUCUAGGCUUUGAGAUGGGGGUAUAGACCUCUAAGCUUAAUCACAGCAGUUGUAAACGCAUGCAGUCUAAAUCAUAUACGUCUGAACAACCUGCCGUUUUCUAUACGUAGCAAAGAAACAGAAGGAUCAGAGUCACGGUGAC